GCCUGAAGUAACUCCUACCAUCAUCUUCUCCUCCCCCAACUGCAGUAUAUCUUACAUUUCUUCAUCUCGUCUUCUCUUCUGAUUAUGCCCUAGAUCUAAGAGUGUUCUCCACGUAUCUUCGUGACCUACCUAACCCCGUGAGUAUAAUCAGGGUCUGGCCCGUACCUUGCACGGACUAGAAUCUACGAUGCCACAAAGAAAGGCAUUGCUCAUCGGCUGUCCCCUAGGACUGCAAGGCCCAACACAUGACGUGAGCGCUAUGGAAGAGCUUCUGCGGGAGCAAGAUUUCCAGGUAAUCCGCUGCUGUGGUCCAGAGGCAACCCAGACGGGGAUCCGCGAAGCCUGGGGUCGUCUUAUUGAGGAGUGUCAACCCGCAGAUGCAGUGGUGAUAUAUUAUUCGGGACAUGGAGGUUUGAUCAACGGAUCGGGCUUCAGGGGGCCUGGUCUUCCGGCAUGUUAUCAGACCUUGUGUCCGAUGGAUUAUGAGGAAGGAUCGGUCGAGGAUUUCCGCGGCAUCCUCGACUUUGAGAUCACGCACCUGGUGCGCCAGACAACUGACCGGACGAAGAACGUAACCACCAUCUUCGACUGCUGCCAUUCCGCCCAUAUCACCCGUGCCCCGAUCCCACGAGAGCAUUCUACCGGCAACUCCACAGUCACCACGGUGGUGAGGAGCCUGCCACGGAUGACGUUCGAUCUGACAAGCUACGUCCGUUCCCUCCCAAACAUCUUCUCCCCCGACCCGGAUGGCGGAGUUCACCUCCUCACCAGCCUCGAUAAUCCGUAUGCGGUGCGUAUCUUCGCGGCGGAGGUGGAUCAGAAAGCAUAUGAAUACCAGAAGGAGGAUAGUAGCUGGGCAGGUGCCAUGACCGAGGCCCUUAUUAAAGAAAUUCGCCAGCAGUCCGACCGCGGGCGCUCGUGGCGGACCACUAUUAUGAAAGUGCGCGAAGUGGUGCAGCGCCGGUUUGAUCAGCGGCCUCAAUCGCACGGGCCUGACCAGCGGCGGCUUUUCUCGAUGGAGAUGACCCCCGUCAACGUUUUGCAUGUCAAAUUGCAGGAAGGACAUCCGGUCAUGGCGGGUGGUUCAGUCCUUGGCGUUCGUCGGGGAGACGUCUACGUAAUCCAGCCCUUUGGAGACGAAUACAUCGACGAGGCAGCAUGCCUGGGUACCGCGACAGUCGUCAAUCUAUGUGGGUUCCAGGCGUUGCUGGCUCUGAACCUCAGGCCCGGGUGCUCGAUCCCCCAGGACGGAGCCCUGGCCUUCCAACGCACAAAUGUUGCUGAUACCGAUGGCUUUCAACAUGAUAACAACUCGGUUCAGGCUCGCAUUGCAGGGCUCGUUCGAAGCGCAGAUGUGCCUGGCCACAGACAUGGCGAUGGCCAUGAAGAGGGCCCGCCCCAACUCGCCAUGAGAUGCGUGACACAAGAUGAUUCUAUCAUUUUAUUCGCAGGCAAUAAUCUCAAACUAUGCGAGUUCGCAAACACGUCCGAAGGGAUCCAGUCAGUAGUAGAUGCAGCGGAGCAAAUAGUCAAGGCGCAGCACCUUCUGUCUCUUCGAUGUGAGGUACAAGAAGAGCAGUUGCAACACCGGCUUCAGGUUAGCCUCACCACGCAAAACCAGAUGGAUCAGACGGCAGUCUCGGUCCAGACCAGGGGUAUCGAAGAGGAAGAUUACCUGCGGAUUCGGCUGCAGAACCUAGGGGCUGAGCGUCUGUACGUUGCGGUCUUUGAGAUUAACGUGGCUGGGAAAAUCACACUGCUUACAAGGUCCACGCCGUGUGGGAAAGCCAUGUCGAGCCGGCAAGAAUCGACGCUGGGAAGUAAUUGGCUCGAGAACCGAGGCCUUAAAAUGACAUGGCCUACUGGGAUCGGCCGCGAAAGUCCUAUCCAGGAGCAUCUGGUACUUGUAGUCACCGACCAUGAAGCUGAUCUCCGGGCAUUGGAAACAAGGAAAACGAGCCCUACGCUGCGGGAUGUCCAACGUGCUGCGGAGAUCCCCCAUAUUCGCUGGGCCGUACUGCACCUCAGGUUUCUUCUUAGGCCCAGGCCUGUGGCUGACUCAGGGCCCGGUUCAGAUAAUAGCACUGAUAGUUUAGUACAAGCAAGAUAAAGACAAAUAGUGAAUGAAUUCUUUCAUGGCGAUAGCUUUAGGAUAGAUUUUUGCCAUCUACUGUGAAUUUUCACUGUG